UUGAAAAGCCAUUAAGACUGCGUUUCCAAGCGUUUCCUAAGAUGAGCAUCCUUAUAAUGCAACAGCCCAGUUAUGAAAAGACUCAGGAGAGGAUGAAGGGAGGAAUGCGUGGUCGUGACGUCAGUGACGCACCUGCGAAGCGCUCUGUCGCAUCAUCUCACUGGCGCUGCUUUAGAAUGAACGAGAGCGAGUUAUUCAGCAUCAGAUGCGACCGUGUACGGAACAGCUGGAUCACAACAUGAACGAAAGCUGAACUUAACGAGGACUACGUCCCCUCUUCUCUCGGAGGAUCUAUUGUUUUAAGUUUGCGAAUGAUUCGUUGAGCUCUACACUCACAUAAAUGACCGUUCAAAACACGGGUUCGUCUCGUUUUAUUUGCAGAUGACCGUAGCGGCAGCGAUGGCAGGGUCAAAUAUGGUCUUCUCCGAUGUCGAAAGUUUUCUAGACGAGCACCCGGAAUUAUUAGAGGACUAUUUAAACAGAAAAGGCAAAGCGAGUAUGGUGGAAAAGUGGCAGAAGAACCAUCACGCGACUAAAACUCCGGCGAACUCCAGCGGCGCGGACGCGGAGAAAGCAGCGAACGCGUGCAGUAAAGACAGCUGGGCGAGCAGAGGAGAUGGGCUACAGAGACGAGCCUCGCAGAAAGAACUGCGGAAGACAUUCGCAAGGUCUAAAGCCAUCAAUGCCAACAGGACUUAUGACGAACACGUCAACUCCAGAGCCCAGGAGCCCCUGACCAGCAUGAGGAGGCGCGCGCUGCUGCGUAAAGCCAGCUCCCUUCCCCCGACCACCGCGCACAUCCUCUCCGCGCUGCUGGAGUCCCGGGUCAACAUCCCUCAGUACCCCUCCACCGCCGUAGACUACAAAUACUACCUGAAAGAGAACAACGAGAGGGAGUUUUUCCUGGAACUCGUCAAAGACAUCUCCAACGACCUGGAUUUGACCAGUCUGAGCUACAAGAUCCUGGUGUUUGUGUGCAUCAUGGUGGAUGCUGACCGCUGCUCCCUGUUCCUGGUGGAGGGACCAGCCAAUAAAAAGACUCUGGUGUCCAAGUUUUUCGAUGUGCACGCUGGAACCACAGUGCUGCCCUCUCUGAGUAACUCGGAUGAGGUGCAGGUGCCCUGGGGAAAGGGCAUCAUUGGAUAUGUGGCUGAACAUGGGGAGACGGUCAACAUUCCCGAUGCAUAUCAGGACCAUCGUUUCAGUGAUGAGAUUGAUAAACUCACCGGAUAUAAAACCAAGUCUCUGCUGUGCAUGCCCAUCCACAACAGUGAUGGAGAGGUCAUCGGGGUCGCGCAGGCCAUCAACAAGAGUCCCAAUGGAGCACUGUUCACUGAAGACGACGAAAAGGUGUUGCAGAUGUACCUUCCGUUCUGUGGCAUCGCCAUCUCAAACGCCCAACUGUUCGCUGCCUCCAGGAAAGAGUACGACAGGAGCAGGGCUCUUCUAGAGGUUGUGAAUGAUUUGUUUGAGGAGCAAACCGAUUUGGAGAAGAUUGUGAGGAAGAUCAUGCAUCGAGCUCAGACCCUGCUGAAGUGUGAACGCUGCUCCGUCCAGCUGCUGGAGGACAUUGAAUCUCCGGUGGUGAAGUUCACCAAGUCCUUUGAGCUUCUGUCACCUAAGUGCAGCGCUGACAUGGAGAACAGCUUCAAAGACAGCAUGGAAAAAUCGUCCUAUUCUGAUUGGCUGAUUAAUAACAGCAUUGCAGAACUGGUCGCCUCCACUGGACUUCCUGUCAAUAUCAGUGAUGCCUACCAAGACCCUCGCUUCGACGCUGAAGCAGAUCAGUUCUCUGGCUUCCAUAUUAGAUCUGUCCUGUGUGUCCCUAUCUGGAACAGUAACCACCAAAUCAUAGGUGUGGCUCAGGUCUUGAACAGGUUGGAUGGGAAACCGUUUGAUGAUGCAGAUCAGAGGCUGUUUGAGGCAUUUGUGAUAUUCUGUGGACUGGGAAUCAAUAACACCAUUAUGUAUGACCAAGUGAAGAAGUCCUGGGCCAAACAGUCUGUCGCUUUGGAUGUGUUGUCAUAUCAUGCCACAUGCUCUAAGACUGAGGUGGAUAAGUUUAAGGCAGCGAACAUCCCUCUGGUGUGUGAACUGGGCAUUGAUAAACUAUCAUUUGAUGACUUCUCUCUGGAUGUGGACGCCAUGGUCACUGCAGCUCUGCGGAUGUUUAUGGAGCUGGGGAUGGUGCAGAAAUUCAAAAUAGACUAUGAGACACUUUGUCGCUGGCUGUUGACCGUGAGGAAGAACUAUCGCAUGGUUCUGUAUCAUAACUGGAGACACGCUUUCAACGUUUGCCAGUGCAUGUUUUCCAUGCUUACGACAGCCGGCUUCCAGGAGACUCUGACUGAGAUGGAGAUUCUGGCUCUGAUAGUGGGCUGCAUCUGCCAUGAUUUGGACCACAGAGGAACCAACAACGCUUUCCAGGCCAAGACGGGAUCAGCUCUCUCUCUUCUUUAUGGGACAUCAGCCACACUAGAGCACCAUCACUUCAACCAUGCUGUUAUGAUCCUCCAGAGCGAGGGUCACAAUAUCUUCUCUAAUCUGUCUUCACAUGAGUAUGGAGAACUCAUGCAGCUCCUGAAACAAUCCAUACUGGCCACAGACCUGACGCUCUACUUCCAGAACAGAAAUUCCUUCUUUGAGCUAGUGAAUAAAGGGGAAUACAACUGGAAUGUGAAGGAACACAGAGAUAUGUGCAGGUCGAUGUUGAUGACAGCAUGUGAUCUGGGUGCCGUCACUAAACCCUGGGAGAUAUCGUGCAAGGUUGCUGAACUGGUGACGAGUGAGUUUUUCGAGCAGGGCGACAGAGAGCGAUCAGAGCUAAAACUGACUCCCUCGGCGAUUUUCGACCGAAAUCGCAAAGAUGAGCUGCCAGGGCUACAGCUGGAGUGGAUUGAUGGAAUCUGUGCCCCGCUGUAUGAGACUUUUGCCAAAUUAAACCCUAAACUACAGCCAAUGGUUGAUUUGAUCAAGGCCAAUCGUGCCAAAUGGGAAGAGCUACACCACAGACACCAGCGCAGCCAGGAAACCACCAGCUCUGGUAGUCCAUGUAGCGUUGACGACACGACAACCAGCUGCAGCUGCGCAGGCAUUAGCGACGGUGGCCUCUUCCAUUCUGUGAGCUAACUAGGGGAAACUAUGGCCGAUUUUGCCACACGCUUCUCUCUGACCCGCAGCAAUGCAGACGGAAGGAGUUCUGACCUCUGCUGCACGCUUCAGACCAGCAGCCAUUACCUCACUAGCGCCCUCUAUCGGGCAUUUGCUCUGUCUGUGAGCACUUCAGGCAAAUGCGACUGAGUUUGCGUUCGUCUCCACAGUGCAAAGACUGCACGUUUAGCUAGCAAUGACUCGUUGAUGUGGAGAAUCUUAGGGAUGUGUUUACGCCCAGGAAGCUACUUUAGGGCUAGCAUGCUAACUUAGAGACUCUACCGUGUGUGUAAGCUACUUUCAGCAGGGACUGUUUAAGGAGGAUUGCCGCCAUUUAAAAAGGUAUUAUAGCGUAUUUUUCCCUUUGUAGCUUUGAUGAUGUUGAAUGAGCACAUAUCCUGAGCACUGGAGCUCGGUUCUGUACUGUGCGUAUGUCAUGUGAAGGAAUGACUAAUGCAGGAUUUGACAGUGUUUUUUGCCUUUGUAGUUUUAGCUGAUGUAUUUAUUCCAGGAUCAGGGGUUUGUGGAGCCGCGGGGCUCUUGGCAAUGCUUGCAAUGCAAAACCACUCCAGCGCUGUACUCUGUGCCUUGGUAAAACCCCAUGAUAAUGCAUGCAUCGACAUCAUGUUUCUUUCUAGUUUAUCAUGGAUAUUUCCUUAAGUCUUGGGCCUGUUUCACAUCACACAGGUACACAACGGCACACGUCAUGAAAGUUCUGUCAUCUACUCACACUUGCGAUGUUCCAACCCUGUUGAAAAAAAACUAGCAUAUGCUGGUUAGGUAUGUUUUGAAGCAUGGCAGCUGGUUUGAGCUGGUUUAUGCUGGUCAUUAGUUGGUCAUGAUCUGGUUAUAAACUGGUCCUGAGCUGGAGCUAGUUGCUUAGGACCAGCUCAUGACUAACUAAGGACCAGCAUAAACCAAUUCAAACCAGCUGCCAUGCUUCAAAAAAUACCUAACCACCAUGUUUUUUUCAACAGGGAAAUAAGACUUUUUUUCUGUGGAACAUGAAAGAAGAUAUUUUGAAGAAUUGUAUGGGUUGUUUUUUUCAUGACGUCAAAAGGACACAAAAGCACCCUAAAGGCUCGUUCACCCGAGAAUGAUAACUAUAAUGAUAACUAUAUUAGCAGCAACACCAGUGGACGAUAUCGUUCUGUUUAUUCUAAGUGCGCUGCAGUUUUGUCUUCUGUCGCUUAAGCUGGAUGGAUUCUGAUUGGCUGUCAAUGUUUUUAUCGUUCAUCAGCUGGGAAAAAAAAAAAAAAUCAUUCUGAAAGUGAUUCCAACAAUAUUGUUUCUGUGCCGUUAUCAUUAUAGUUGUGGUGUGGACUCUGCUAUUCUUUUAUAUUUAGAAUGAUUUUUACAACUAUAUCUUUACGGUUAUUGUUAUAGUUAUUGUCAUUGGUAUAAACAGGCCUUGAAGGGAUAGUUCACCCAAAAAUGAAAAUUAUCCCAUGAUUUACUCACCCUUAAGCCAUCCUAUGUAUAUAUUGAGGUCUUCUUUCCGACGAACACAAUCUGAGAUAUAUUUAAAAAUAUCCUGGCUCUUCCAAGAUUUAUAAUGGUAGUGAAUGGGGGGGCCUGUUUUGAAGCCCAAAAUAAAUGCAUCCAUCCAUCAUAAAAAUAAUCCAUAUGGCUCCAGGGGUUAAUAAAGGCCUUCUGAAGUGAAGUGAUGGGUUUUUGUAAGAAAAAUAUCUAUAUUUAAACAUUUAUAAAGUAAAAUAACUAGCUUCUGGCAGUUGGCCGUAUGCAUCGAUUUGCGGCGGAAGAGUGACCUCUGACCCGACGCAUGAUGUAAUGAUGAGGAUAGAGCAACAACAAAAAAAACGCUGGUCACAAAUUAGAAAUCUAUAAUGAGAAAUUUUAAAGAGGAUUUCGUUAUAAGAGAAGAGGAGCUUCAGUUUGUUGCACAGCCAUGUUUGAGCCUAAGCUUAGGAUACUCCUACAUCCUACGUCUUCACGGGUUACUCAUUUGGCGGAAGUUGACUACAUUUCUGAUGCCAUUCAGUAGCUUUGUGUGGGAAACAGACAGAAUGACCAAAUCCAAAUGAUUUAAGCAGUUUAUUGCUGUAGUUUGACUAGUUUUAAUUACUUUUUGGAUGUAAAUGUGAUUCCUUUCCUUAUGUAAAUUAUAUUUCAUGAUGAUAAAGUUUGUAUUAAUUCUGACUGGCCAACUGCCUGCCGAUAACCAUUUCAUAAAUUAUGGCAGUUAUUUAAAGGAAAUACUUAAUGUAGUAACCCUGAAAUUUACAGCCGCAAUUCUGUAACGUGGAAGCAAAUGCUGUCGGUGUGCUGUUGUACUUAUGCUGGAGUGAAACAGGCCUGAUUCCCUGGUUGUUUUAACCUCAUGAAGCAGCUCAUACUAGGGCUGCAUCUGAAAUCGCAUACUUCCCUACUAUAUAGUAGGCAAAAUGCAGUAUGUGAAAAUGUCCAAAUUCACGGCACUCAUAAAACACUUGGCGAAAAGUCCCCGGAUGACCUACUACUUCCUGCGGGAUUCUGAAGUGCACAUAUGGCGGAAACUUUACUAUACCAUGAGGCCAUGGGAGAGGAUUUGUGAAUGACAGUGAAGCGACAUAACUGACGCUGUUGGUGGGUCACAUGAUAAUGACAACAUGGCGGACAUAGUACGUCCGGAAUUUAUACUACACACAUUCAUACUAUAUAGAACAUACCUCGGUCACGAGGUAAUUACUUAUUCAAAAUAAGUACCUACUCAAAGAGUGUGAUUUCAGAUGCAGUCAUGGUGCGAGAGAGCAAUCAUGUUGGAGCUCUUCAUCGGCCCUCUCAUCUCUGUGUACUGGAUUACCUCAAACUUUACUCAUCACAGGCCCACACAGAACCUGGAGAAAGAUCGGCAGAUUUCCACAGACGUUCUACGCAUCUUCCACCCCCUUGCAUGUUUGGUUAUUAAAUAUUUUGGCAAAUUUUCAGCUACUAUAGAAGUGCAUUACUCUCUUCCACAGACCUCCUCUGCUUUUUUCCAUGAAAGUGCAGAAAAUGUGGGGGAAAAUGUCUGCAGAUUGCAUCUGGGCCUACUACUUCUAACUUCAGACUGCUUUUGUCAGUCACCUUUUUUCAUUAGUGAUCUUGUGAAAUUGUCAGUCUAAUCUGAGACAUGUAUGUGCCUUUACUAAGUAAAAAAAAAAAAUCUUCUUCACUACACACAGGCAUUCAUUUCAUUCUGUUCUCAUCCUCUCUACCAGCUGGAUGAAUCUCACAAAACCUGUCAAGAACAUGUCCAGUCAUAUAUUUCACACCAAAAGGGAGAAAUAAGAAAGCCUGUAUUUUCAUAAAGGAUCAUUUAGGACCUUUAAGAUUUUUGGCAUUACAACAUUUUCUUGACAAGCACAAUGUGUCCAAAGGUUGUACUUUUGAUUUUGUUUGAAUUCUCAUUAUUUUUGAUGAUUUUAUUUAGAUUCUCAUUAUAAUACAAUUAUAAGAAUAAUCCUGUCACAUUUAUUAUUAUUUUCUAUAUAUUUAAUCUGAAUACGUAAUAAUAUACGACAACAAUAAUAUAGUAAUUACAGUAAUGUUUUUUUUUUUUUUUUUUUUUUUUUAUUUCCUCAUGAUCAGUGAUUCACUUUUUCAUUUCUUUGUGAGAUUUGUCAACAUUCAAUAGAACAGUUCCAUGGAAAUUUACCAGCAUUACAUCAGAAAUUUGUCCCAUCCAGUUGGUUUCUGGAGAUUUCAUAUUCAUUAACACAGUACAACUGUUAAAGUCAUGUUCAUUCAUGUAAAUUUAAUGCUUUUUCCUUUAGCGUUACACUUGUCAUCACAAUUCAGGAUGGAGAAAAACUUCUAAAUAUCUUUAAAUCUAAAUGCAAAUUCUCAACACAAACCUGCCAGGAGGGUCACAACUGGAUGCUUAUUAUCCGGUCUCUGGAUUUCCUGAGUGGAGGGGAAAUUCUAUGGUUACACCAUAGUAUUUUGGAAAAGAAAAAAUUGGAUGGACUGGUUGUAGGGAGCAACUUGUGAGCUGGCUUUCUAAGCUAAAUUUAUAUAAGAUGUAAUUACACAAGUUUUUAAGUUGCUGUUUAUCCAUUUACUGUGAUCAAAAUAUGUAUUAUGAUAAAAUCAGCACUUCCAACACUCUUAGAAGAAAAGGUUCUAGAACCUUAAAAGGUUCCGUCAGGCGCUUCAUAUAUAGAACCUUUUAGGAGAUUCAUUUUAUGGAUUUAUUUUUAAUUCAUUCGUUUAGUUUAGUUAUUAUUUUGAUUAAAGGGGUCAUGAACUGGAUUUUUUUUAAAUUAUUUUAAUAUGUUCCUUGAGGUUCACUUAUGUUAAUAAAGUUUUUUUUUUGCACAAAAAAUGCAAAUAUUGCAAAUUAUAUAUAUAUAUAUAUAUAUAUAUAUAUAUAUAUAUAUUCUACCUUCAUUCUGACCCUCUGUCUGAAAUUAUCCGUUUUUAAGGCACAGCUCCUUUAAAGGGAUAGUUCAUCCAAAAAUGACUCAAUUCUGUCAUCAUUU